UAAAUUAUCUGAUCAUUUCAGCCUCAAAAAGAUGAUCUCCCUAAUUGCAUGCAGCUGCAUAAAAACUUCCAAGUUUCUUGGGAGAUCUUCGGUCCGGCCAUUACAAUCCAGCUCGCCGGGAUGGUAGAUGAAAAUGAAUAUCUGGCCUUUGGAAUAUCAGGCUCCAAAGAACAAAGUCAAAUGAUUGGAGCUGACGUAGCUGUAGCUUAUAUAAAUGGUUAUCAAGGAUUUGUAACCGAUUAUAAUAUUAUAGCGUUGACACCGUGCGUCAAAGUACUUGGACAGUACAAAGGCGUCUGUAAAGAUUCUGUGCUGGGAGGCCAGGAAAACAAUCAAUUGAACACAGCAGUACGGGAGAACGGAAUUAAUAUUAUCACAUAUAGAAGGUCACUUAUAUCAUCCGACGAGAGCGACAAAGAAUUUCCGCUUGAGGGUUCCAUUUACAUUGUCUGGGCAAUAGGAAAACUAGACGAAAAUAAUGAACCCGCAUUCCAUGACGUUUACCCGAAAACCAAUAUUAGUGUUGAACUGAAUCCGAAGGAGCCAAAAAAGAGUUGCUAUGCUUUCACCAGAUCUGAACGAGAAGUGGGUGAACCAUGGAGCAAAGGACAAAUUUUUGAUAAAACUAUCCGAGUUUUUACUAGUACUAUUGGACCAUCCGGAGCCAAAAAAGGAUAUCAGGCAAUAACAGGCCACACAUCCACAGCAUUAGCGUGGUAUAUCAAUGGGCUGCUGGCUCCAGAAAUAUGGCUUCGCAGAGGUCUCACAUAUGUUUUCAAAGUGAAUGGAGGCAAUGACCCUCAUAGUCCUGAAUAUUAUCAUCCUUUAAUUAUUACUGAUGAUCCCCAUGGUGGCUAUGAUCGACUGACCGACGUCGCUCAAUCCAAAGUUAGAGUUCUAGCCGGAGUGGAAUAUUCGAGAAGAGGAAGGCCUAGACCAACUGCAUCUGGUCGACUUUGUGUUUCCAAACAUAAAUCGAAUCACGACCGACGAUUGGAUGACGACUUUGAGUCAUUUAAGAAGUUCAACAGAUCACUCGAGUGGUCGUGUGAAACUGGAGACCCUGGAACUUUGGAGUUUACUCCCAACUCAACUUGGCCUGAUAUUGUUUAUUAUAAUUCAUUCACUCAAGCCAAUAUGGGCUGGAAAAUUCGUGUAAUAGAUAGUUUUAAUCAAAGAGUGAGUUCUAGUGCCAACUUUUAUACUGUGAACUUUUGUGUACUUUGUCUGUCAAUUCUAUUGAACUAUUUUUUUGUGAUUGAAUGAGCGUGCGGAAGUAUUCCUAAUUUAUUUUGUGUUUCAUUAAAUUGAAUAAUUGUAUUUAAUUUCAUAUCAAUCGGAUCAAAAAUAUAUAGUACGAACAAAACUCAUCCCAAUAGUUCACGUUGAACACAGAGUUCUCAAGCCUGCAAAAACAUACAGCAAACUAUUUAUUAAACUCGCUUCAAAUUUGGCAGCAAAGAUAUAAAUCCAUACAAUUAUUAUGAAACCAGGGCUUUAUAAAGAAGAGCUACCACGUCUAAAUAUUUAGUUUAUAUACAUCAUCUGAUCAUUUUCAUUUUACGUCCAUACUUCUAGGUAGGUAAUUGUGAUAGUUUCAUAAUUUUGUACUAUUUUUCAUAGAAAAUAAACAUUUUGAAAAAC